GACUAGCAGAGUCUAGAGAUAUACCCAUCUUUUUUUUUGUGCCCCAGAAAACGAAUCAUCCCAAUCAUAUAUAUUCAAAAUGAUGAAGUGGACGGCAUCGGCUCAGCGCCUGAACGAGAUUCCCGUGCAGCAGGAUUCGCAUCAGGAUGCGAGUGAGACGACCCAAAGGAGGCGACUCCAGAGGAGGCAGCGCCGUCAGCGGAGGGCCACCAUAGCCAACAAGGAGAAUGUGCCCGAUACAGUGGGCUACACCUCCACGCCAAUGCCCAUUUCCAGGCGGCUCAACAGUCCAUUGGUUCUGGCCCCCCUCUCCGAUAUACGCAACGUCACCCCGGAGGCGGUGGCCAGGAGUCAGGCGGCGCCCCAACGGGUCCAGAGUGUGCGAUAUGCCACCACCUUGCCACGCUUCGCCGAGGAUUACUCGCCCAAUGGACUGCCAAGUGGCCAGCACUUGGCACUGAGGGGUCUGGCUCCCCUGGAUCCCUUUGUGGGUCAACCGCGCUACAUUGUGGGAUCGGGAGCAGCGGGUGUCAACCAGCUGAGGCAGCGCAAGCUGGAUGAUGACUUUGUGGCCACCUUGGAGCCGGAGGUCCCAGUACCGAAACCCUCCACCAAGUUGGAUGCACGCCCCAGCACUCCGCAGCCAGCUUCCACACAGAUGGGCGAUCAGACUUUGGAUCGCCUCAUCGAUGCCAUUUUGGACUCCGCCUGCAAGGCAGAUGUAAGCAGCAAGAAGAAGCCCCGGCGAUCUACCUUCAAUCUGCGCAGGCGCACCUUGGUGAAACAGCAAAUGGAGUCGAAUUGCCCCCAGGAGGUGCUGUCGCCAUCCUACGCACCUGGCGAUGAUCCAGCUGCGGAUUUGAGCUUCGGCCUGGUGCCCCUGCCCAUGCAGAAUCUGAUGGCCACUCCCGAGCCGGCCUCUCCAUUGGCCAAAAUUCCACACAACAUGCUCAUCCAACUGGCCACUCCGGCGCCCUGCGACAACACCUUUUGCCUGGAGACCCCAGUGAAGACUUUGAAGAGGGGCCGCAAGGAGAUCAUCGCCAAGGAGUCGCCCAUUAAGCGCUUCAAGGUCGACGAGCGCAAUUACUUCGAGGUGGGAUUGGCCCUGCCCUCGUCUAUAUAUGUCUAAAAGAAGGUCCUUCGACUGAGAUCCUUAAAAAAAACCACAAAGAAAGAAAGGGGAAGAGAGCGAGCAACGCUGACAAACGGGGGGAAAACGCUUAACUAUGACGCUUAUUUAGUUCCUAAGUCCUAAACUAAACUACAAUUACUGUACAUAAUUUCUGUUUAGUCUAAGUCUAUCAAUAUUUAUUUCAAUUAUUUAUAUAACUUUUUUUCGGACGCUGCU